CUCACCAUCUUCACUGACGGCUCCUGCACAAACAACGGGAAACAAAACGCGAAAUGCAGAGGAGGAAUCUGGAUAACAAACAAUCACCCACUAAACCGCGCGAUAAGCAUGCCCAGCACUCACCACUUCAACCAAAUAGGAGAACUUGUAGCUGUCCUCGUAGCACUACAAUCUGUAAGCCCACUAACACCUGUUAAAAUCGUAACAGACUCCAAGUAUGUAAUAAAUGGUUUAACCACUCACCUAAAUGACUGGGAAGACACUGACUGGAUAGAUGUGUCCAACGCCCCUCUAUUCAAGGCAAUAGCAUACCAACUAAGACAACGACCAACCCCUACAUCCUUCCAAUGGGUGAAAGGACAUAGUGGCAUCAAAGGAAAUGACAAGGCUGACCGCCUAGCACAAAAUGGAGCAGCGAAAACAGAAACCAACGCCAUCGACACAUACGUACCACGAAACUUUGACCUACAAGGCGCAAAACUAUCGUGUAUUACCCAAAAGUCAGCAUACAGAACACUCAUGAACGACACACACCUAGAAUACCAUAGACAAACCCUCGUCCUGCUAAGCACGACCAGAGACGCUAUUGAAACAAUAACAACCACACUCGAAACUGACGAAACAAUAUGGAGGAGCUGCAGACACAAAGACAUUGCGAAGAAAAUCCAGAUGUUCAUGUACAAAACACUAAACAACGCUUUCAGAAUAGGUGAAUUCUGGCUACAAAUACCCACCUUCGAACAUAGAGCUAGAUGUAGCACCUGCGGAGAAACUUCGGAAUCAAUGGAUCACAUCCUCACACAAUGCAACAACCCAACACAAAAGAAAAUAUGGAGCCUAGCCAAAACAAUAUGGCCCAGGAAGCACAGACACUGGCCAGACCCCACAAUAGGACUAAUCCUAGGAUGCGGUGCGCUAUCCCUCCCACAGCCCCCUCGAAAUCGCGACAAAGAAAACCAAACAACCCAGAAAUACAUCAAAGGAGCAUCUCACCUCCUCAGAAUCCUAAUAUCUGAGUCGGCCUAUCUUAUAUGGACGCUAAGGUGUGAAAGAACUAUCAAAGAACAAACACAUACCGAAGACAACAUCACAAGUAGAUGGUUAAACACCAUUAACCGACGCCUACAGUUAGAUCGCGCGAUAGCAGCUCGAACAAAAAGAUCAUCUAAGACCACUGCACAAGUCCUCCAAACUUGGGCCGACAUAAUCGAGAUAAACAACAACAAAACAAACCAUAAUAAUAACGAUUGGGUAACCAACCUAGAGGUUUUAGUGGGUAUCAAACUACCCAGGCCCUCGCAGACCGAGGCCACCAGGUAG